AUGUCCUCCGGCACGCACUCCAAGGCCUUCUAUCCAUCAGAUCGCUUCGUCAUCAGCUGUGGAACAGUUUCUCUGGACCUCAUGCACAAAAAAGUACUCCUGGUCCGGUUGCGCUCCACCGACGAGUUCCUUUUCCCCGGAGGACACAAAGAUGAGAGUGAAUGCUUGAAAGCAGCUGCUGUACGAGAAACCUACGAAGAAACCGGCUACCUUGCAACAAUCCUGCCACUAAAUGUUCCCACACGUGCCACGAAUAGGAUUGGCGACGCAGAACACACAGAACCAAUUGCGGUAACUCAACGCGUCACGGAUGGUGUCAUGAAGAUCAUUUUCUGGUAUGCUGCGAGCGUGGACUCUCAAGCACUGCCUGAACAAGACACACAGCAGGAAGGAGAAGACUUUGAGUCGGUCUGGAUGGAUCGCGAGCAGGCACUUGCGUCUCUGACCUUCGCCGACGAUAGAGAAGUCGCGCAGCUAGCUAUACAUGCGGCUUUCGGUGUAGACUCUAGCACUGCGCCUCCACCUAGCCAUCGUUCACUCUGA